AUGGAGACCGGGGCUGCCGACGGGCUGCUGAGCCUCAUCGACGCGGCGUCGGCGCCUAAGGGUGCCGGUGGGAAGGGCGCGAACAAGCGCGCGCACAAGCCGCGGCGGCCCUACCGCUGCGGCCGCUGCGGCCUGCCCAAGAGCGGCCACCUCUGCGCGUUCCGCACGGAGCAGCGGUCCAUCGAGGUCCAGACGGACCACACGAGCCUCGCGACGCCCGAGCACAGCCUCACGCUGCUGUUGUCCUCGUCGAGCUCGUCCGACGACGCCAGCGAGGGGUCCUCCGCCGGCGAGCACCUCGUGCGCAGCGUCACGGACGACGCGCGCGAGUCCGACGACGGGGUCGACCGCGCCAAGCCCGGCGGCGGCGACGACAGCGACCGAGGCACGCACACGCCGCCGGCCCAGCGGCAGCGCAUCGCCAACGGGCCGCGGCGCUCGUCGCGCGCGAUGUCGCACGACGUGCGGACGUCCAUGUCCGUGGCGACGAAGCGGAAGGAGCUGAGCGCGCUCACGUCCCAGGAGGUGGGCUACCUGCUCUGCCAGCUGGGACUGGACAAGCACGUGGGCAGCUUCCAGCGCUUCGGCGUCGACGGCGUCGUCCUGGCGGCGCUGAAGACGGAGAAGGACCUCGAGGGGGAGCUGGGCAUGGCGAGCCACGUGCAGCGCGUGAACCUCAUCUCGCACGUGAAGGAGUUCGUGGACAAGAAGGGCGUGCCCGUGGACCUGCUCGAGCCGGUGCGCGGCGUCGAGCGGACGCGCGCGCUGAGCAGCCUGAACGUCGACGAGGUCUGCGCGCUCCUCGAGAGCAUCGAGCUGCCGUCCAUCGUCGAGGCGGCCCAGCAGAGCCGCCUCGACGGGUCCAUGCUCGCGGAGAUCACCGACGCGGACCUCACGAAGGAGCUCAAGGUCGAGAGCCGGCUCCAGCGGUCCAAGCUCCUCAAGAAGGUCGGCGGCUUCCGGACCUACGGCGUGUCCGGGUCCCUCAUCGGCGACGAGGACUUCGCGGCGGCGAACUUCGACGACUCCGACGCGCCGCCGCCGCCGGACUCCGCGCCGCCGCCGGACGACGGCGAGGGCAAGUACGACGACGACGACGACUACGGCGAAGAGAAGUACGCCCACAAGUAG